AUGAAAGGUGGCGCACAAGCGACUGGUGGAAUUGGUACAGUUGGAUGUUCGCCAUUAUUCAAAUACUCACCACAAAUACCAUCUUCUAUUAUGUUGGUUGCCAAUAAUUAUCAUAUAGUCGGCGCUGUUUCCUGUAUGUUCAUGGAAUAUGAUCCUAUUUGGAGCAAAGUUGAUAAAAAUUUAAUAAAAAAAAUAAAACCGUACGAACUGAUUAGAAAUAAGUAUGGUACUGUUUUUAACAAAGGACUUAGGAAGAAAAGAAGCACCAUUAUGGAUUUAAUUAAUGAAAAUGGAGGGAAUACAGUUCCAAAAUUAAGUUCUAAUAAGAAAGUAACAAAAAACUCGCAUGAGUUGGGUGAAAAAACAAUUUGUAGUAAUACCCCGAAUAAAAAUGAAAAAGCAACAGCAGCAGCAGCAGCAACAACAGAAGAAGAAGAAAUUGAUCAAAAUAUUAUAUAUUUCCUUAACCACUUAAAAAAUUCUUCAACCAAAUAA